ACAUGUGGAAUCAAUGCAGAUCCAUUUUUAUUUUACUCUCAGCUUUUACAUUUUUAUUCGCAAUCAUGGAACCUGUGCCAUGGCAGCUUAAGAUUGCAUUUCAUUUCUUUUGGCUUUGGAUCCCUCAUUCUUGGCAUGGUACUGUUUGCAUCAACAUUUGCCUCUGAAUUAUGUGUGAGUGUUUUCUUCUUGUUGUUUUUUUUAUGGGAACCUCAGUAACUUAAAAAGUACAGUUUGACUCCCGAUAACUCAAACCUUCUAGGGAGACCAAAAAAGUUUGAGUGAUCAGGAACUCGAAAAGUGCAAGGCAAAUAACCAGAAACAGGGAAAAGAAGCAAAUGGAUGGGGAGGGAAUGCAAGUAUCAUGCACUCUCUACUUCAAAGGCAGCAUUGGAUGACAUAAAAAUUGUUAUUUUGAAAAAGGAAUUAAGCAACAAAUCUUGAUUAAUAUAUAGGGAUGGAAACUGAAUUUGAAGUGGAUCAAGUGACAUAAAAGUAAAGACAAAGAAUUGACAUGGUUGUUUUGAAAUAAAAGAGAUUAAGCAUCGUGUUUACGGCAAUCGGCAAACAUAAGACUCAAGUUGUAAAAUUUUCAGAAUGAGAAAUGAGCAGAUAAAAACAGCUUCAAAUAAUUUAUUGUUAUGGAAAGAAUUAGUGUGAAUCUGUGGACUUUCGUGUAGUUAUAAUGAACUGUAAACGAUAAGUAAUAAUUAUCGAAAACUUUGUCACGUGGUACAAAUUCACGUUUGCAUUAAACACGAUGCUUAAUCUCUCUAAAUUCAAUGUUUCGGACUUCAGUACAAUGUUUUUCUUUUUCAACUUGUUAUGCACUUAAAACAUGGUUCGGGUUAUCAAGGGUAAAAUUAUGUAGAAAUGACCUGAAAGGAAACAAAAAUUACUUUGAGUUUGCGGGAGGUUCUAGUUAUCAUGGGUAAAAUUAUAGUAAAUGUGUAAAGGAAAUCCAAGAGAAAUCAACUUUAGUUCGAGUUAGCACAAGGUUUGAGUUAUCAGGAGUCAACUGUAUGCCAAGUGCAUUUGUUAAGUUAUAUAAGCAUGCAGGAAGUGGGAACAUCCUUACAAUCCCAGGUGUUCUCAAUAGUUGCCAAUAAACCGGAGUUUAUUAAAUUUGGUUCUCCCUGCAAAGUUUACUUAACAAAAUCCCCAGAAAAACCCUGAAGGAUCUUGAUAGUAGAAGGAAAGUGGCCUAAUGCAAUUUAAUAGUAAUACCAAAGCAAAUCCUACAAAUUUAGGUCCCCACUCCCCAAGAAAGGAAAAAAACUGGAUCACAAUCCAUUCAAAAACACCCAGGCUCUAUUCUCCAACCCAAACACACAGGGUGCAAAGAAAAUCAUUUUUACAGCUCGUCAUUUGGGCAAACUGAAUCUAGCAUUUACUAGCCCACAAGUUAUUUCAACUAGCCCCACUGCAAAAGCUUUUUGAUGAGCAGAAUUGAUUUCACAGUUCUUCUGUUAUUCAGAUUCCUCCAAAAACAUCACUUGCCCGUCGGGCAAGUUAAAAACAGAAUUCACUAGCCAGAUAGCAAAAUCCAUUAGCCCCGGGCUAUCGGACACUACUUUCUUUACACGCUGAACACAGCACCUCAGAUAGUGCAAACUUUCAGUCACAUGGCCUGACAUUGCAGCGAGGUACACUAUUAAAGUCACUAUGAAUAAUUCUCCUUUGUUCUUUCUCUUGUUUAGCAAGGAUAUGCUCCUGAGUUGUACUAUUUAUGUCUCUCAUUUGGGAUAUUUGCUCUUCUUACAACAGGUAGGUUUGACACAUGUGUUAAGCUUCUGUCUUAUUAGGCAAAUGGUCUAAAAAAAACUGGUACAUUGUACCAGCGUAUGAUUAAAUUUUAGUGACGAGUUUAACUUGUUUCAGUGCUCGAAUUUGUUAAAGAUUGUAUAGUUGCUGUUUUGUGAGACGUAUAGGAGACACCAAGGCCACUGGUUGAGUUAAUCAGCUUACAUUGUGUAAAUUGUGGUCUGUAAUUGUAACAGUGGCGUACUAGGUGGUAUUAGGGAACAAUUUACUUUUUUGAAAUCUUGGCUGAGAGAUAAAAGAAGCGUGGUGGAGUUACAAAAAAAAAUACUAGUUUCAAAGCUCUUGAUCUCACCCCUCUCCAUAUGAAGUUUAAUGGCCGCCUCAGGCCCCCUCAGCCAUAUUGAAACCAGUUUUUUUGAAGAAGAAACAUAAAAUGCGUUAUUGACCAAAGUUUAGAGAUCAAGAUGGCUGAAUAUUGGCCAAGGUUUUUACUCUCCGUUUUUAUGGACCAAAGUUGAGGUCGCAGAAAAAGAGCAAGGCCAACAUCCUGUCAUUUUGAUGUCAUGCUUGGUCAAUUAAGCAUAUUUAUUAUAUGGCUAAAUCCCAAGCGCGCAAGAUAAAGUGAAUCUUGUGUUUUGAUUGGAUACCAAGCAGGCAAGGAAGGCUUGUCUUAUUUGCGUAUCUCCUCGGAAUUUCUCGCCUUAUUUGCGCAAGAAAAGAUCUUUCUGUGUCCAUUUUGGCCGUUUAAUAUAGUCUUUAUAGAGAGGAGAAGUCGUUACGUCAUGUUGCCAUAGUAGUAAAUUUCUUUAAUGACAACAAACCGAAACUUCCCUUAAAAAGUAAAUUCGCACUGUUUCAAACUUGAUCGAUCUUAUUCACAUUCAUUUAAUUUGCCAAAUGUUAGUGAAAUUUUCUGGGUUAAAUCCGAAAGGACCGUAUCUAAGUUUAGGAAAAGAAAGAGAAACUUUUUGUGUUGUGCUCACCUACUCCAUAAAAUAAAAUGAAGCAGGGCGUUUCGUGUUGCAGUCUUGCAACAACGGCUAAGAAAUGCACAGAAAAGCGUGAUGCACGUGCAAAGUUGAUUUUUUGCCAAUCUAAACCUAAUCGCGUGUCACGAGAUUUGAGAUUUUACGGGUUUAAAAGGUGAAAGUGAAGCAUAUGAAUAAAUUAAAUAUCGCAUUAAUGCACACAAUUUAGGCUAGCCGGAUCCUAGUAUCCUAGUCUACGUUGGAGGCGUUCGAAGGGGAAUAGAAAGGUAGAAGUUCGGGUGCACGUGGAAGUAGGAAGGGAUUCCCCUUCUCUAACCCCCCCCCCCCCCCCCCCCCUUUUCCCUCGCGCACCCGCAUUCAGGUAUGCGGUUUUACAGUAAGUGUGUUAUGCUCUUUAUCGCUAGUCUCCUUCGCAGCCGUUAUUAGGGUCGUCACGCAAAGCUCUUCCCUACUGGUGGGAGGAGCGUUGUGUGACAGCCCUAAUAACAGCUGCGAAGAAGACUACUUCAUGGUUGGCUAUUAUAAAGUGUACUCAAUACAAAAUUCUGUUGUUUUACAGGAUUUCUGGUCAUCAUGCUCCCGUUUUGGUUGAUGAACUAUCUGUGGCCAGAUUCUGUUCUCAACCGACGUGAACGGCGAGGAAUUUGCUAUGAGCCUGUAAAGUGCUGCACUUGCCUUUGGCAUAUUUAG